AGGGAACGAGGGGUGGCUGUCUCUAAUACCCUCACUCUCGCAAUUGUCUGCGGGCUGAGAGGCUUCUGGUCCUGCUUGUUGUGUAUUUCCCACCUCUCACUACAGUCAUUCGUUCGUGAUCGGGGCCUUCCUUCAUUUGAGGUGCUUCUUUUCAAUUCUAGCUUUACUUACACAGCUGCAUGACAGGAGCAUCAAGACUUCAAGCGGGCGUUUGCUGACCGUCGCUUGAAGAAACAACUGCAUAUCAAUAUACGACCUUUUCAACAUAUAAAAAUAUACAACAGAACAGCAGGACCUGGAUAAUAAUGCACCAUGGUUGAUCAGGGAAUCCACGGAAGAUGGUACGAAAUCGUGGGGAAGAUUUUCAACCGGGGCCUAAUUGGAGACAUUCUCAACACGCCCGGCGCCAUCGUCAGUCAAGUAUUGUCGUCGCCAGCGACGACAACACAGGAGAACGUCCAGGCAGAGGGUACGCCAGCGGCGGCGGCAACGACACAGGCUGCUGCUGCGCCGGCUGCAACAACACAAGCAGCCGCUGCUCCUGUAGCCGCGACGACAUCGCCGGCCGCACAACAACCUGCUGCAUCGCCGGCAGCGACGACGAAGCAGGAGCAACAGCAAGCUGCCACAACACCAGUCGCUCAGGCGCCAGCAGCGGCAGCGACCACAUCACAGCAGGCAGCCCAGGCAUCACCAACAACAGUUGCAGCAGCAAACCCUCCGGCGGCUUCAACUACCUCUUCGAAGGUUGCAGCUGCUGCUUCAUCAACACCAGCUGCAGCUGCUACAACUAUUCCGGCAGCCGCCGAGAAUGCAGCCUCAUCACCAGUGCUAUCACAGGCAGUUACACCACAGGGGACGGGAACAAGCGUGACCGGGCUUGGAACUGCGGGUACCUCAAGUACGAGAACCGGUGGGACCAAUGCUACACAAACACCAUCACCAAACUACGAGAAUACAUCACCAUCAAACAGCCAGGGACCAUUGGUUGCCACUGGAGUCGUGCUGGGUAUCGUAGUGCUCAUGGGACUCUCCCUCUUGAUAUUCUGGUGCUACCGACGGAAGAGGAGAGCAGCCCGGCAUCGUCAUGAAGCCGUCGCCCCCGAGAGUCCUAGUAACGAGUACGGUCCGGCCUCGCCUUUCCGCGACCACGUCGAUCAGAGCUUCACUGAAAUGACUGAGACUCGCACGGUCUCCAGCGAAGAUGACUCCACCAUUCGACACCCCGAACCCGGGUACCAGCCUCCGUCUCAGCCGCCGAUGUCGCCUCAAACACAAGAUACACCAAGAACAAACCCAUAUGCAGCAACUCCUUUCUCAUACGCUCAAGCACAACAAUACGUUCAAUCGCUCGCAGGAACAGGGACCUUCGGCUUCCCUCCACCACCCCCUAUCCCUGAGCCAUCACCUAUACGCAUCUUCAGAUGGCCGACUCGCUCAUCCCGCAGCGGCAAUUCUACACCCAGCGUCUUCUCCGCGUUCCGCACACCAAAGACGCCUACACGUACUCUCUCUCGGGCUUCUCGAAGUACCGUGUCAUCGAUGCUAUGGCACGGCCGCAGAGAUGUCGCCCGGAGAACCAUAAUCCGUGCUCCCGGAUCUCAAAAGUCGGCCAAGUCGCGUACCAACGGCUCUUCCCAUAGCCCCGAGAGCACGAUGCCAGAGGGCCUGCAUACUCCCAUCCUGGAUUGGCUUCACUGGAUCCGCGGCCAUCAACAAGUAGAGCCCGACCCAGAGAUGAACCAUCGCAAGAGCUUCGCCAGCACCACGGAGAGCUCCAUUUCCGAAACAAGCGUUGCAAGCACGGCCAGUAGCGGUGUCUUCUCGCCCACACUCCUUUCAUACCACCCUCCGGCCAACACGCCAAGUAUUGCAACCGAUACUAUGCAAUAUCUACCUUUGCCUCUAUUCAAGAAGAGGGCUAGUGACGUCAAUAGUGAGGUCACGAUGGAACCGUCCGGAACCGUCCGCAUCCCAAGUUUUGGAUGACGACAGAAAACAAAACCUAAUGACAUCCCAUUUUUUGGGCAACAGUCGCUCAUUGCAUGGCUCAGGUGUUCUGAUUUAGCAAAUACUCUUUUUUCAUUCAGUAAAUAUUAAAUCUGAACAAACUACUCAAACACAAUGUGCCUAAGUCUCAACUCUUCAAUUAGUCUAACUCAAGGCUCUGUGCCAUCAAUGAUAACUUCUCGUUCCAUGCCGUUCUUGUUCCUCCCGAGAUGAAAGC